UUGACACACGGGCGGGCGUUGCUGCUGCUUCCUGCUUAGGCCAAGGGCCUAAUCCGCCCCCUUUCAGAGCUAGAGAGGGGCAGCCGCAGAGGCACAGGGAAAAGCAGCUCGAGCAACAAGCCCCCCCCCCCAUCGGCUUCCCGAUGGCUCUGCUGCUCUGGACUCUGCUGGUGGGUUGCUUGUCUGCUCUGCGGGCUGGGCAGUCCCAGGCACCUUUUGCCCACGCCUUGGACUGGGAUGAAGCUGCUCAGAGGAACAUUCUGCUGGCCCAUGCUGCGGAGGUACUCCAGACAGAGGCUGUACCACUGAACGUCUUUCAGCCUGAGGCAGGAUCGGAAUCCGAGUCCCAAGGGGCUGUGCAGGGCCCCGCAAAAUUGCCUCCCCAUUUUCCAGAUGGAGCUGCCAGUCCAGGGGACACAGUUUCAGACGGGUCUACAGGGCUGGAGGGACACCCAAAUUCUCUGGAGGGACAGGAGCAGGAGGAAGAGGAAGGCUGCAGCGACAAUGUCCUUUUCCCAAGUGUGCACAAGAUUGCCCGGGCCAUGAGGGCCCUGGGGGUGGACCUCCUGCGGGAGGUGGAGGCUGAGGAGAGCCAAGGCAACACCAUCUUCUCGCCCCUCAGCAUCAACCUGGCACUCGCCCACCUGGCUCUAGGAGCAGCCAACCAGACCCAGAAGCAGCUCCUUGAGGUCCUGCACAUGGAGUCCGUGCCCUGCCUGCACCAGGCGCUGCGUCACGUCUCUCAGCACCUGCACAGGACAGCGCUCAGCAUAGCAAGCCGCCUUUACUUGGAGAAAGGGUUCCCGAUCAAAGAGAAAUUCCUGGAGGAGUCCCAGAGGUUCUACGGGGUGAAGCCAGCCGUGCUUUCUGGGAACAGCGAGGCUGACCUUGCGGCCAUCAACGCCUGGGUGAAAGAAGCGACAAACGGGCGGAUUUCCACUAUGCUCCCUGAGCUGCCUCCCAGUGUCGUGAUGGUCCUUCUCAAUGCGGUCUAUUUCCAAGGGUUCUGGAAGACCAAGUUUGACCCACUCCUGACGGAACCAGACACGUUCCACCUGGACGAGGAGUUCACAGUCUCUGUGGAGAUGAUGAAGGAACAGGAGUACCCCCUAAGCUGGUUUCACAUGGAAUCCCGCGAUGGGCAGGUUGCCAAGUUUCCCUUUGAGGGCAACACCAGCUUUGUGGCCAUCAUUCCAGGCCUCCAUGAGAGGAACUUCUCUCGGGUUCUGUCUGAGGUCCUCCAGGUUGACCUGGAAACAUCUUUCCCCAAGGAGAGGUCCACCAUGGUGAAGGUGCCGAAGCUGCACUUGCAGGACCACACGGUCCUCAACCAGGCCUUAAUUCGGUUAGGUCUUGGCGAGCUGUUUUCUUCCCCAGAUCUCCACCCCAUUGCUGAAGGACCUCUCUUUGUCUCCAGCAUUGAGCAUCAAGCCACCCUAGACCUUGCAGAGGCUGGAGUGGAGGCAUCAGCGGCCACGAGCGUGACGGCCUACCGCUCCUUCUCUGCUUUCUGCCUCAACAAGCCGUUUGCCUUCAUGAUCCUGGAGGAGACAACGGGAAUCCCCUUCUUCUUCGGCAGCAUCUGGAAUCCCAACCCGGGGGCUCCCCGGCAGAAGAACGUGGAGGGCUUCCUGCUGAGAGAGGAGAUGGAAGGCCUGCCUUUUGCUGAUCCAUCAGACACCUGGAAACCCUGAAUGGCCACAGCUCUGCCCUGCUGGUACCAACCAGCCCAGGCUUCCCAGAAGUCCUCUUCUGGCUACAAACAAAAGUUUUGCCCUCCCCACUGGCGUCUCGGGAAUGGGGUGGAUUCCAUACCCAGUCCAAGCUUAAAACAGAGGCCACCCGGGUGAUGGUUGGCCUCCCUUGGCCACUAGCAGGAUUGGGGUGGAAUCCUGCCCCUCAGCUUGCCACAUGCCCGUGUCUCCCCUGGGAAUCUCUUGAGGGGCUCCCCUCUCCCCCCACCCAACUGGAGGAAUCCAUUGGCCUGGACUGGACCCCACCAAACUGCUUUCCCCUUGGCCUUCCUCAGCUCUUUCCUUGGCCUCAAAACCAAGGCUGGAGGAACGCCUCAUCACAAUUUAGUCAGUUCUGCCCUAGAAGCCCCUCAUCAAUCCAAGAUGCACACAGGGCCACCCCCUUCACUUCUGCCUGUCAUCAUUUUGGAAGCCACUGUCUCAAAGAGGGUGGAAUGGUAAUGAUUUAAAUGCCUUGCAAGGAUCCUGUGACUACCUAACAAGGCUGUCCUAAGAUCCUGAGAUCAUAAUCAAGUUCAAAAUUGUCCUUUCUCUUCAGGCUUGUAAAAACAUAGCAUGGAUAAGUGCUGCGCAGUUAUGUGGCUAAAGUUUGAAAAAAAGAGAGGAAGACUCAGCAAUGAGAAUUAAGGAAAAUAAUUAAAAGUAAAACUGCUCAUA